CCCCAAGUUCGUUCAAUAGCGAACCACGUGCGACCGGAUCGGCAAACACUUCUUUUCAGCGCGACAUUCAAACGUCGACUGGAGCGUCUGGCUCGUGAUAUCUUGACCGAUCCUAUUCGGAUUGUUGAAGGUCAUUUGGGAGAAGCCAAUGAAGACAUCACACAAGUCGUUGAAGUACUGGACAAAAUUGACCAGAAGUGGGACUGGCUCACUCAUAAUUUGGUCCGACUCNUCCGACUCACUACUGAGGGUAGCGUGCUGAUAUUCGUCACGAGAAAAGCUCACAGUGAGGAGGUGGCUCGCAAAUUGAAAAUGCGUGAUCACAAAGUGCUCCUCAUUCACGGGGAUAUGCAUCAGUCGGAGAGAAAUACCGUGAUUCAGUCGUUCAAACGUCAAGAAGCUCCGAUUCUGGUUGCCACUGAUGUAGCCUCUCGCGGUUUGGACAUUCCGAGUAUACGUAAUGUGGUCAAUUACGAAGUUGCACGUGACAUUGACACCCACACACACCGUGUUGGUCGUACCGGUCGAGCCGGUAUGAAGGGAACCGCGUACACGUUGUUUGUUGCCGGCAAAGACCCCGUGGAUUUUGCCGCCUGUCUUGUUCAACACUUGGAAUCGGCCAGUCAACCGGUACCGCCUCGGCUACUCGAUAUUGCGAAAUCGUGUGCCUGGUUCGCACAGAAUCGAUCUGUUCUCUCGUCAUCGGGCACUGUGGGACAGGGAGCCAGUAGACCCAGUUACGGGUUUGAACCACGUCCCCCUCGAGCCCGUCCGGGACUGGGUUUGUCCGAACAGGAUCAGAACGACGGACCGACCAAGGUCACCUCAUACGCGGCUCCACAUGCCAUGUCCGCCACCGGGGAAAUGACCGGUGUGGUCCGUCAGUCCGGCAUCCAAUCCGACCGACUAUCUGCUUUGAAAUCUGCAUUCUCCGCCCAAUACACUCGACGUUUUGUCUCGGCCGGGGUUGAGGCAAGUAAAUACACACAUCCGGAAUUGCUCAGACCAGCUGCGCAGACUGCCACAGGGGAAGUUCUUGCAUCUUCACAACCAACACCUUGUCCACCGCCACCGCCACCGGUGACACCUACACAAGCAGCAGCACCGGCUCCCGACGCAGUGACUUCAUCUCGUUCGGUUGAGGUGAAAAAGAAGCGCUCUCGUUGGGACUAA